GUUGACGUCACGAUGAAACACGACCCGUCUGCGGAGUUUGACUCCAUUUUCGGGGUGUUUGCUGGGUUCCUUUUUUUAUUUUUUUUGUCUCUCUACUACCACUAUACUGCUACACCUUUUAGGCACUCUGCGGUCUGCAUUUGGAAACUCUACUCUUUUUUUCAUAAUUGGAAAAUCAUGAAUGCGGGACAACUGAAUCCGGAUCUGCACCAACAAGCGACCAUGCGCAUGCCCGAGCCCUCUUCUUCGUCGUCGUCGUCGUCCAAGAAACAACAGCCUGGAAAGAACAAGCCUUUUGACGAAGACGACAAUGAUUCGGCCGAUGAUUCGGACAGUGAGAAGCCUAGCAAGCGCUCAGGCAGACGUAAAAUCAAGAUCGAGUAUAUUGAGGACAAGAAUCGUAGACACAUCACCUUCUCGAAGCGUAAGGCUGGUAUUAUGAAGAAGGCAUACGAAUUGAGCACGCUGACAGGCACCCAGGUGUUGCUUCUUGUCGUUUCAGAGACAGGCCUGGUGUACACCUUCACCACAGUCAAGUUGCAGCCCAUCGUCACCAAGCCCGAGGGUAAAAACUUGAUCCAGGCCUGUUUGAAUGCACCGGAUCCUGUUCCAAACGAAUCUUCUUCGGAUGCCACGUAUACCAAGAGUGAGGCAUCAAGACCUGUGGAAAAGAAGGAAUACGAUGAUAAGAAGAUCGAUACUUCUGCUGGCCAUCCAGCAGCGGCCGCCUUUGGUGCUGCAGCAGCAGCUGCGGCUGCGGCUGCGUCUCAUGGUGGCUCGAGCGCAACAGGUGCUUAUCAACCAGCAGCUUAUGCACCCACACCUGGAAAUGGAGGCCAAAUGCCAUCAGGGAGCAACGGAUAUCCUAGCUACAUGACCACGCAAGCUGCAGCCCAGUACCAACAGCAUCAGCAGCAUCAACAGCAUCAGCAGCAGCAUCAGCAACAACAACAGCAGCCCCAACAGCAGCAGGGCCAGCCGCAACAGGGCCAGCCACAGCAACAGUACGGCCAGAUGCCUGCACCGCCCUUUUAUGGCGCCCAGCAAACGCAUCACUACAUGCCUCAGCAUGCAAACUACUGGCAAAACAGUCCCAGCAAUAUGCCUCGACAGGAACAAGGGCAUGGAGCUGAUGACAAGGCCAGGGGAGCCGCUGGCGGUCCAGGCGGCAUGCCUAAAAAAUGAACAAACAAGACAGCUUUGUACGAUUCCCCCUCAUUUCUCUCUUCUCUACCCCACAGCAACGCCCGUCACUAACCCCCCUUCCCAGCCCUUGCUUCUUCUUUUAUAUUCUGCUUCCCCAACUUUUCUAUACUUUCUUAAAUCAUUCACAUAGGAAAUCUCUUUAGCUUAUAGGCUUUUUGUUUGUAUACUUUUCUUUUGUUACUUUCUUUCUUUCUCUCUUUCUCU